AUGUUGGAGAGCAGUGCUGGCUUCACAGCCAAGAGCGCCCGGAGAGCCUUGGAGCUCUUCAGAGACUACCACCAGAUCAAAGGUCCGAAGAAGAAGCAAACCAAAAGCUUCAAGGAACCCACGCCCGAAGCCUCCUCCAUUGAGAUCGUCAGGCGCGACAAGAGUGCUUCCCAGAUAUCCGAGCCGACUCUCGACACCAAAGCAGACCCAGACGACCCCCUCUUUGACGAGUACCAGGCCCAGGCUGCCGACCUCAAUAUGGCGAUUGAAUCAAUUCAGACUAUGAAUGCAGAUCUGUCAGGUUUAUCCCCUGCCGGCGCCUCCAUGCCCCUGCUCGACUCCAUGAUGGCGGAAGAUCUGGGCCCAUCCACAGACAUUUUUGACCCGUCCGCCAUAAUGCAGGACCCAUAUGACUCUGAGGAGUCAUGCAUCUCGGCAGACGGCAUCAUAAGGCACAUUCUUGGUCGCCCCGGUAUUGAUGUAGAGCCCGUGACCGCCGCUGAACGCGGAAUAGCGGAGGCCGCCAGGGCUAGGGAGGUGAAGAAGGAGGAGGCCAAGGCCAAACGUCGCCAAAACCUCGCUGAAAAGAAAGAAGCCGCACUCGAAAUGACAGAGGAGGAAAAGACCGACGCAUAUGCGGAUGCGUUGGCGAAGGAGGCAGAGAAAAUUGGCAGGAAGCUGGGUCUACCAGCGUCGAAAAGACGCAAGGUGGUACGUGAUGCACGGGAUGCGGUCUACCGCAAUCUUUGA